CCCUAGAAUGGUAAAUGCAGACAGCCCUAUUCUGGCUGGUUCUUUUCUUGUCUUUUACAUCCGCACUUUUGAGCCUUUUCUUCAUCCUCUCCAUUUAUCGAAUGUUUGUGGAAGACGGCGCAUUCCAUGAUCGUCGAACCCGGACCGGAUGCUUACCCGGGGGCUUCUUUGUAAUUGUUUGUGUGCUCUGCCACCUCGGAUCCCGAUGCUGUAUCCGUAAGUAAUGCUGU